AUGAGCUCAUAUUUAGUACCACCAGGGUUAUUAAAUAGAUCUCAUUCCGUCAAUGGUGAAGGGUUUGUAAUUAUACCUCAACUUAAAAUUCAAGGUAAUUUAAAAGAUAAUGAAAAAACCAAUCAACAUAGUUCAAUUAAAAGAUGUUGUCAUGUUAGAAUUUCAAAAUUAGAAUUAACAAGUGAAAGUAGAGAAAAGAUACCAACAUCAAUCAAAUUUUCAGUUGGUCUCAACAAAAUUAGGAGAACUUUAAUCACAACUCCAAUCGAUUUAUCAAAAACCUUAGAAGAAGUUGUAUUAUCUCAAUCCUCUUCAAACAUUAGAAUCAGUUUAAAUAAACCAAUUUUUAAAGAUAAAAUAAAAUUAGAUACCAAUUUUACUAAUGAUGUAGAAGAUGAUACUGAUAAUAUUGAUAAUAAUAAUAAUAAUAAUAAUAUAAAUAGUGAAAAUGAAAAUGAAGAAAAUGAAAAUGAAAAUGAUAUAAAUGAUAAUGAAAAUGAUAAUGAUAUUGAAAAUAUUAAUAAUAAUAAUAGUAAUAAUAUCGAAACAUCAUUUGUACCAAUUUCAUCAGCUUCAAUAAUAAUUCCAAAUAUUGGUUUUGUAAAUAGUAAUAGUAGUAGUAAUAAUAAUAAUAAUAAUAAUAAUAAUAAUAAUAAUAAUAAUAAUAAUAAUAAUAAUAAUAAUAAUAAUAAUAAUAAUAUUAACAAUAAUGUAGAAUCAUCACCAUCGUUAAAUAUAAAUCUUUCACCAAAGCGACAAACUAAUGAGCCAAGUAAUCAAUCGAAAAAAACAUACUUAUACCCAUUAGAUAUUAGAUUUAGUUUUCAUUAUGAUCAUUCAUUAAAAGAGUAUGAUGAUUUUAUAAAAAUUACAUUAUUAAAAUGUUAUUCUUCCUCUUCAAAUAAACAAAGACAAAGGGAUAUUCCAAUUUCUUAUUCAACUGUUAAUUUAUCUCAAAUCCUUCAACAAGGUGAGUUUACAUCAGAUUUAGAUAUGACACCAAUUAUAUCCCAUACAAACUAUGGUGGUAAUGUUAAUAGUAGUGUUGGUAGUAAUAAUGAUUUUAUAAAUAGUGGUAAUAGCUCACAACAGUAUCAACAACAACAACAACAACAGCAGCAACAACAACAACAGCAACAACAGCAACCAAUACCAACUACUACUCUAAAUAUAACUAUUUGUAGUGUUCCAAAAGAAAUUGAAGAUUUAGAAAAUGCACAAGAAUAUCAAUUGAAUGAUAUGGGAUUAAACUCUGAUGAUGAGAAUUUAUUCAUUGAUUCAGAUUCAAAUGAUGAAUAUGAUGAAGAAGUUAUAUCAUACCAAGAUGUACCUUAUCAUUUCAAUCCAAUCACUAGACCUUCAAACUAUGGUAAUUCUCCAACUUUAUUAAGUUCAUCUCCUUCAACAUUUCCUGAUAAUAGUCAUCAUCAUCAUCAUCAUCAUCAUGAAACCGAUCAAGAAAUUGAAAAUCAUCACCAUCACAAUCACAGUCACAAUCACAAUCAUCAUAACCAUCAUCAUAACCAACAAUUUAUAAAUACAACUGAGGUUGGAUUGUUAUCACAAAAACUAUUAGAUAUUAGAGAACAUGAACAACAUAAUCAUAGUAAUAGGAGUCAAACAGGUAGUGGUGAAGUAAAAAAGAAUAAAAAAUCAAAACUUCAAAAACUUUCAUCUUUAAUUAAACCUAUAACAAUAAAAUCAUCAUCAAGUAGAAGUAAUAGCCAUAGCCAUAACAAUAGUAAUAGUAAUGGUAAUAACAAUAAUAAUAAUAAUAAUAUUAGUAAUAAUUCAAUUAAUAGUGGUGUUGAAAGACAACAAGAUGAUACAAACUUUAUUAAUGAAUAUGAUACAUCAAGUGAUAGUAGUAGUGAUGUAUAUGAACCAACACCAAAUAAAAUAAUAAAACCAUCCAGUAAGAAACCAACACAUAAUAAUCAAUAUUAUUUUAGUCAAACAAUAUAUGAAGAAGGUGAUGAUGAAAAUGAUGAGGUAGAAGAUACAACUAAUAAUAGUAAUAAUAAUAAUAAUAAUAAUGGUAAUAAUAUUACACCAAAUACUAAUAUUCAAACACCAACUUCACCAAAAUUUAAAUUAUCAAAUGAAAAAUCAUUUAUAAAUAUUUUAAAUGAAAAUAAAUUACCUCAUAGUAGCGGUUCAGUUGGUAAUACCUCAAAACCAUUAUUAAAUGUUAUUUCAUCACCACUUCAUCUUAGUAGUUCAAGUGUACCACCUUCUACAUCAACACCAAUUAUAAUAUCCAAUAAUACAGGUAUGGUGGCAACAACAUCUCCAAUAACACCAUCGUUAGCAACCUCUCCACCACCCACAGCAACAACGACAACAACAACAACUUUAGUAUCCAAUACUUAUUUAGAUUCAAUAUUAAAUCAAUUAUCAAAUUCUGAUAAACCAAUACAUUUAUUCUUUGUUAAUUCACUAAGAAGAAGAGGUAAAAAAAUGGAGCAAAUAAUUGAACAAUCUCAACUUUUAAAAUCAAAUUUUAAAGUUGUAUCAACAAAAUCAAAUACUGAAAUCAAUUUAGUUUUUAAAGCGAUUUUAUCAAAGUUACAUAGUGAACAAACUAAAAUAGUUAUAGCUGGUUCCGAUAGUUAUGUAAAUGCUAUUAUGAAAGUUUACGUCUCUUUAAUUUCUCUAAAACCAAGAGGUUGGAAUCCAUUCUUAAUCUAUCUAUUACCAUUGGGUAAAAGUAAUGAUAUAACAUUACAAUUGGCAUCCAAUGAUACGACUUACUCUACAUUAUUUUCAAAUAAUCCAGAAUGGAAACGUAUUUUCGAUCAAAUUGAACCACCUACUUUUGAUCAAAUUAGUGAAAUCGAAUCAAAAGUAUCUCAAUAUGUCCUUGCUCAAAGAGGUAUUUCAAAUCAAUAUAAAUUCCCAAUUGGUGAAGCGUUACUCACAAUACCUUUCUCAACAACUUCAAAUGCUAUUCCAUUUAUAAAAGGUAUUCAAAUUACUCAUGUUGGUCAUAAAUUAAUUUCUGAAAAUUUAGAUAAUCAAAUUAUUAAUCAAAAUAAUAAUAAUAACAUAAUUAAAAAUGACAGUAAUAAUAGUAAUAACAAUAAUAAUAAUAGUACCAUUAAUAAUAAUUCAAGUGAUAAUAUUGAAUUAGAUAAUUUAAAUGUUCAAGUACAAUUAGAUUAUUGGAUACCAAAAAAGAAAGGUGUAGAUCAUAUUGUUUUAAAAACUAUAUUACAAAAUUUAAAAUUAAUUAGGUUACCAAUCAUUUCAAAUUCCAUUAAAACUCCAAUUCUUUCUCCACCAACUGAUAAUUCUUUCUCGUUAUUGGUUUCUUAUAAAAAUUUAUCAAAAAAGAAAAACAUGUUAACAAGAUUUGGUAGUAGUAGUAGUAGUAGUGGAAAUAGUAGCGUUUUAAGUGGAAUCAGUAAUAAUAUCAAUAGUAUUAGUAGUGGAAUUAAUAGUAACAUUGGAAAUAAUAAUCAAAAUAGUGGUAGUAAUAGUAGUGGUGGUGGUAGUAGUAAUAGUAUUAGUAGUUCAAAAAAGAAAGAUGAAAAUAAAAAUAGUUCCUCAAUAUCAUCUUCAAAUACAUUAAAUAGUGGUGAUAGUAAAAAUAGUAAAGAUGAAAAACAAUCUUCUUCUAAAGAUUCACAGAAACAAGACCAUGAUAAAAAAGAAAAUGAUUCAAGUUUAAUUUUGUCAAUUACAAAAUUAAUGUGUGGCCCAGUGGCUUCAACUUCUUCAUCUUCAUCCUCUUCUUCAAACACUGAAUCAAUAUACUCUAAGGUUUUAAUUGAUGGUGUACAGUUUAACAAUGUUAAAUUCUUAUCAAUAUCUCCACAAUGGGGUACUCAUGUUAAAUAUUUCCCUGUUCAAUCAUUUGUUGAACAAAAACAAUCUGACAACCAAGGAAAAUCACCAUAA